AUGGCUGUCACUGCCGCUGCCGCUGCCGCUCCGGCGAGUUUUUUCUUCCCUCUGUGCCAGAGACUUAACAAGGAAUGCGUCUCGCAGCGGCCCGCCCCGCCCCGGCCCAAGAAGGCGCCCAAGAGGUCCAGGGUCGCCGAGCUGGAGAAGCGGCUGGACGAGCUGUCGUCGCAGUUUGCCGAAGGCGGCGUCGUUGCCGCGCUGCAUUCAGGGGCCAGGCCGUCUACAAUAGCAGCAGCAGCAGCAUCAACAGCAUCGUCAACAACGACCAAUGAGCAGCGGUCAGUCCCUGAGCGCCUCGGACAGCAGCAGCAACAGCAACAGCAGCAACGAAAGAGGAAAAAGUGCGACAGUGUAGUCACCUUUGAGUACCUCUUCCCGUCCCCCCGGUCAGAAAGCGCCGAGGCAUCGGGGUGGAGCUCCGAGGCCGGAUGCAACGACUGCGUCCCUGGUAGUGGCAGUGGCAGUGGGGGAGCGCCAUCAUCGUCGUCGCCGUCGUCGUCGUCGUUGGUCGACCAGCUGUGGCCCGCCGCCCCCGAGGCCGAGGCGCUGCUGCUCCAGUACCACGAAACGCACGCGCCCCUGACGCCGUUUGUGGUCAUCCCGCGGCAUCUGACGGCGGCGGAGCUGCGGCGGCAGAGGCCGUUCCUGUGGCGCGUCGUGAUGAUGGUGAGCUGCUUCUUUGACGGGCCGAGGCAGCACCGGCUGGGGAAGGAGGUGUUGGCCGAGUUUGCGACGACGGCGGUGCUGGAUGGGAACAAGGGCUUGGAGAUGCUGCAGGGGCUGUUGCUGAUGAUUGGCUGGAUGAACUUUUCCUUGAGGAGUGCGCAGUUGACCAACCUAGUCUAUCUUGCACGGUCCAUGACUGUCAGUGCCAGUAGCCCAGGACUCCCCUGUGGCGCCGACAGCAAGGUGACGGAGGCGAAAUGGGGCGAGCUCGAGUAUGUUCGAGCAUACCUGGGCACGUACUAUGUCAACGCCAUUUCUUUCAUGCUGAUUGAUGCCAUGCGCAAAAGCGUCUUCAACACGAAUAAAAAGGCAGAUGCCUUUAUGAACACUUCCCAACUGGAUGCCUUUUGUAACCUCCUGUCCUCGCCGGGAGAAUAUCCUUCGGACAUUUACCUAGUCAAGCUCGUCAGGAUCCAGAUGCUGUCACAGUCGAUAUCCAUGGCCAUGACGUUUGAUCCUGCGCAGCCGCCGCCGAUGCAGCUGCCGUUGACAAUGGUGGUGCAGGACUUUCAGCAGCAGAUUGAGGCCUAUAGGGCGUCUUUGCCGCCUCAUCUGGCCGACAAUGGAACCCUCCAGUGUCACAUCGCCAUAUCCCAGAUCCUCCUCGCCGACAUCUCCAUCUCCGACGCCCACUGCUCCGCCCUCGCCAUCUCCCACCAAGACCGCAUCCAGCUCCUCUGGUCCUGCCUGCGCUCCCUGCGCCGCUACUACACCGUCCACGGCGCCAUCAAGUGCGACCAGGUCCAGGACACCGAGCAGCGCCACUUCCUCGGCCUCACCGCCCUCGACCUCGCCUAUGCCAUCGUCACCGGCAUCAAGAUGCUGCUCGUCCGAGUUCCCGGCUGGGACCCCCAGUCCAUCGUCUCCGAGCUGGGCAUCCGCGAAAUGGUCGACGAGGAGAUCCAGGCCGUUGCCGCCGUCGUGGCGCGGAGGCAGAGCGGCCGCUGGGAGGAGGAGGAUCCGCUGGGCAGGAUGCACAAGCUGCUGCAGUACGGGCGGGAUCUGAUUGACCUGCAGCUGCAGAAGCUCAGGAUGGAGGAGGGCGUGGGGAGCGGCGGCGCGGAUGCGGCGAGCGCGGCGACGCCCGCCGUGGCUGCGAGCAAGGAGGGCGGGCAGGGGUGGAUGAUGAUGGGGAUGGAGGACUUGGACGAUGAUCUGUGGCAGAGCUUCAUGAAUGAGACGGCGUGGAGCUUGAGCGGGGAGCCGAUGAUGACGGAUGCGUUUGCUGAUGUUGCCGUGUAA